AUGGCAGUUCCAUCCAAUUCUACUAAAACUUUCAAGCUGAACAACGGCCUGUCCAUUCCAGCAGUCGGUCUCGGAACAUGGCAAUCCACCGAUGAAGAGGCUUACAAUGCCGUUAUUGCUGCAUUGAAAGCUGGAUACAGACACAUCGACACAGCUUACUGUUACGGAAAUGAAGAGCCAAUUGGCAAAGCUAUUAAGGACUCUGGAGUUGCAAGAAAGGACAUUUUUAUUACUACCAAACUUUGGGGAACUGACCACACCAGAACUGAGGAAGGUUUGGAUAGGUCUCUGAAAUUGUUGGGUUUGGACUAUGUUGAUCUGUUCUUGAUGCAUUGGCCAGUUCCAAUGAACCCUAAUGGAAACCACGACAAAUUUCCUACAUUACCAGACGGUAAACGUGACAUUCUGUUUGACUGGAACUUCGUUGAUACAUACAGAGAGAUGCAAAAAUUAGUUGCCUCUGGAAAGACCAAGGCAAUCGGUGUGUCCAAUUUUUCUAUCACUAACUUGAAGAAAUUGCUUGCAGACCCAGAAAUCACCAUCAAGCCAGUUGUCAACCAAGUUGAAAUUCACGGGUAUCUGCCGCAGCAGAGACUUUUGGAGUAUGCGAAGGAAAAUGAUAUUGUUUUGGAGGCAUAUUCACCGUUGGGAUCCACUGGUGCCCCAUUGCUGAAAGAUGAGCUGGUGCAGGACCUAGCCAAGAAGAAUGGUAUUUCUGAAUCUACUCUCUUAAUUUCCUGGGCAGUGUGGAGAGGUAUCGUCGUUUUACCAAAAUCUGUAACGCCUUCCAGAAUUGCUGAUAAUCUUAAGAUCAUUGAGUUGUGUGAGGAGGAUGGAAAAAAACUUAAUGAAUUGGCCUCGAUUAGAGGAGAAAAACGAUUAGUUAGCCCUCCUUGGGAUCCUAUUGUCGUCUUCAACGAUGAAGACUAA